AUGUUCAGCGGCGGUGCGUCGGACGGGGAAGACGACGAGUGGGAGGCUUGGGACGGCCUUCCCGAACCGCUCGCCUCGACGCGCGGUGAAUCGGCAGGGGUAUUAGGAACGGGGAAGAAUGGGUGGGAUCAUGCGGCUCGUGUCGCAGACGAGGAGGAGGAAUGGGAGGAUUACGAGUGGGAAGAACGGGAGGAGCGGGAGGAGCGGGAGAGAGUUGCGAAGCUCGUGCACGGCAAGGCAUGGGAGCGUAUGGAGGAAAGAUCGCUUGACUCUGACGAGAAUCUUCGAAGAAAGGGGAAGGAGUUGGCUGAUUGCGAGGAGGCUGCGGGGGGAAAGGAGAACGCGGAAAUGUCUGGGGGAGAAUUAGGCGGGAAAGGCGGGGUAGAAGCGGGUGGGAGCGGCGGAGGGGGAGCGGGAGGGGGAGGGGGUGAAGAAGGGGGAUGGGAUGGUCUAGUAAGCGUCACGAUGGAUGGGGGGUUGGGGGAGGAGGGGUUAAGAGCGGUGGGAGGGAAGCGAGGGAAGGGGGCGGCGAAGAGAGUGCGACGCGCCACGGCAGAAGACAAGGAGUGGUGUCAGUCAGUGCAUCGCGUGCACCUGCUCUGCCUGCUCGCCCGUGCUCUAGCGCUCGACAGGGCCGCAGAUGACGUGCUCCUGCAGGCGGCCAUGCUAUCGCUAGCACCCAGACUCCUAUCGGAGGAGGCACAGGAGGCAGCAGCAUCGCACCAGGCUCCCUCCCUGCACCUGCUGCAACAACUCACAUCCUGGGUCCGGUCUGCAUUCACCCUUCAACCAUCCUCCUCCUCCUCCUCCUCCUCACCGUUCCAACCCCUGCCACCAGCACAGCUGCAGCAUCAGCCCAGCCGCACAGUCAACAACCACAGCAGCAGCGGCACUGGGCAGCAGCAGUCGCCUCUCUCUCUCUCUGCGCAUCUCACAGAGGGUCUACACCAGGCAGUGGCGCGGAGAGGGGGCUCUGCUGAAGAGAUUGCUGCUCUCUCUGUCGCUCUCUUCCGUGCUCUUGGCUUCACUGCCAGGCUAGUGACAGCCCUCUCCCCCUCCCCUCUGAAACCCACCGCCCAGCUCCUAUCAGAAUUCGACCAUUCCUCCGACACCCCCUACCCACGCACACCCGCCUCCCGCUCCCCCUCCCCGUUCACGCAUCGCACGCGCAUCCUCCCCCUCUCCUCCACCGCUCCCGCCGCUUCCUCUGAACCCACGCCUGCGCCUGGGAAUCAGGUGGCUGGUCUGUCUUCAGGUGUUGCUGCUGCCUUGCCUGGUGCGCGCUUUGCCAAGAGACGCACUGCUGUUGCUGCCAUUGCCGCCGCUGCUGCUGCUGCUGCUGCUGGUGCUGGUGCUGGUGCUGCUGCUGCUGGUGGUGUUGCUGCUUCUCCUGCUGUGUUUCCUGGUGGCCCCGCACCUGCUAUUCCGAUUGCUGAUUGCGAUCGUACUGCUGGUGCGGCUGGUAGUGCUGGUGUUGCUGCUGGUGGGAGGGGCAGGAGAGGAAAAAGGGCGGGAACGAGUGGGACAGGCAGGGCGGGGAGUAGAAAGCAGACAGUAGGAGAGGGUGUUCUGAACUCUAAUGCAUCUGCGGAAGUGCCUGUUCAGGCAGAAGAGGUAAAAGAGGCAGAGGAGGCACAGAUACGCGGUGGUGGCACCUGUGGCAUAAGAGGCAGAGGCAGGGGCAGUCGUGAGGGUGGUGGUGGUGGUGGUGAUUCUAAAGGUCAGGUGGGUGGAGAGGAGGACGCGGGAGAGGGGAGUGGGGGAGUUGGAAGGAGUGAGAGAGGUGGUAGAGGACGGGGUGGGGGAAAGGGGAGAGGAAGGGGAGGGAGAGGGAGUGUGGUGGGAAAGAGGAGGCGUGGGAAGGGGGAGGAAGUGGAGGACAGAGGGGGAAGUGGGGAAAGAGAGCAGGAGGGGUUGGGGGUUGAGGAAGGGGUGUUGGAGGAAGGAAAAGGAGGAGGGGAUAGAGGAGCAGGGGACUAUAAAGAUGUAGCAGAGGAGGAGGAGGAGGAGGAGGAGGAGGAGGAGGAGGAGGAGGAGGAGGAGGAGGAGGAGGAGGAGGAGGAGGAGGAGGAGGAGGAGGAGGAGGAGGAGGAGGAGGAGGAGGAGGAAGCGAUGAAUUGCAUGCAGAGCAGCAGCGGAAGCGAAAGCGGAAAGGAGAUGAGGAGUUUGAGUUGCAGCUAG